AUGCAGUUCAGGAGUGCUUGCGUCACCGCGGCCUUGCUCGCCACGUGUUUGACCUCGCCAGUCUCAGCUCAGAACAACUCAGCCGCUGCCACGAGCAAUGUGCUCAACUCUACCGAGGUCAACACCGAGCUCGCCUCUGUGCUGCUCCAAUUCCGAGCGGCCGGCAUUGUUCCACAAUCCAUCCCAGAGGAAAGAUUUCAGCUGUCCAGCAUUCUGAGCUUAAAGUACCCCGACACGGGCGAUGUGGCUCUCGGCGCAACGACUACGAGAAACGCGACACUGCAGGAGCCUUCCUGGACGCUGAACUACACCGAGGCUGUGGACGAUGCUGAUCCGUUUGCGAGCGGUCUGUAUACCACUGUCAUGGUCGACUUUGGAGCCCCUGGAGUAGGCUUUCCGGAUGGAGGCCAGGUCCGCCAUUACCUUGCUAACAACAACUCUCUGGUUGUAAGUGUGCGGCACGCAUCCCCGCGCAUCUCAGGCGCAUCUCUGCUGACACGAUGCAUCCUGCUUUGCCGGCAGGGCAUGAGCGGCACUCUGAUGCGCACGGGACAAGCCAUCACUAGCUACAAUGCGCCAAAUCCUCCGGCCGGCUCAGGACCUCACCGAUAUGCGCAGCUGGUCGUUGAGCAGCCCAAUGGCUGGGUCGCACCUGCCAACUUCUCUGCAGUGAUGCCGCUCGCCCGAGGGUUCCAGGUGGAGCAGUACUUGAAUUACUCUCGACUCGGUUCCAUCAUUGCUGCGACUUACUACGUUGUAGAGGGAGCGCCACCUACCAACGUAUCGGUGAGCGCCACUUCGGCAGUACCUACCGCCACUGUAGGAGCGGUCGCUUCUUCCGUCAGUGCUAGUCUUGCCAGUGCCUAUGCCAGCUCGACGGACAGAGCCGGCACAUUCACGCCGACUCCUACGGGCGACCACUCGGAUGCUGCCGUGGCCAGGCUGUCUAGCCCUAUCCUGGCCUCGGUCGCGAUAUGUCUGUGCGUCUCCCUGCUUGCAGCCUUUGCGACCCUCUGA